AUGGAAGGAAAGGUCAACAACUCUAAUUGUUCUCAAGGGAUGAACCAACAACAACAACAUCAACAACCGCAACAACAACAACAACUGCAACAACAACCGCAACAACAACAACAACAACAACCAAGAGCUGUUGAUCAAACAACCUCAUACACACCGGUUGUUUUAUCCAAAGAAGAAUCACAAGAUAACCAAUUACCAAUUGACACAACAAAUAAUGAAGAUCCAACCACUCCUGAAAUUAUUGAAUUAAAUUACAAUGACAUUAACAACAAUAAUAACAACAACAACGACAACGAUAAUGACAACGACAACGACGACAAUUAUGACAGUACAACAGAAACAGAUAUAAUGAUGGAUCCGAACAAAAAAUCUGGAAAGAUAUUCGUUGGUGGAUUAACAAAAUCAACCUCUAGUGUACAAUUUUUAUUAAUUUAUAUUUUAUUAUCAUCAUACUAUUCAAAUACCACAGAUAAAUUAAAGAAAUACUUUUCAGAGUUUGGUGAAGUUCAAGAUUCAUUGGUUAUUAAAAGUAAUGAGAAAACGGUGAAGAGUAGAGGAUUUGGAUUUGUGACUUUCAAACAUCCAGAUGUAAUAGAUAAAAUACUUACAAUUGAGCAUGUUAUUGAUGGAAAACAAGAGUCUGUACACAACUAUGUUUUGAACGAACAAAAGCAUGUUAUUGCAGGCAAGAAAGUCGAUGUCAGGUUAGCUGACAGCAAGAAAUCAAAGACCUCAACCACAACAACACCCACCAAUCCACUCAAAAGUUCAACUUCAUCACUCAGCGGCAGCUCUUCUUCAAUAUUGACAAGCCCUCUACAACAAACAUUUAUCUCAACAUUGACAAGUCCAACACCACCCAGUUCCCAAUCUUCUUCGACCUCAACAUCAAGUAAUUUUAGCAGUGGUAGCAGUAACAAUAACAACAGCAACAACAACAGUAACAGUAAUAAUAAUAAUAACAAUACAUCAACUCAAACUUUAUCAAGUUCCACGAACAAUUCAUCCCAUAUGAAUAAUAAUAAUCAAUCUAUCAAUAAUAACAGCAAUAGCAAUAGCAAUACAGUCAAUACAUCUACUACCACUAAUUUUCAUUCAACACCAACUCAACAACAUCAAAAUGUGCAUUCACAAUCGAGACAGUCAGCACAAGCCAAUCAAUCAGCAUCACUUUCACCACCAUAUACAUUGCAACCGAUUUUAUCUCCACCGCACCAUAUACCCAUGGAUUCUACCAAUACCAAUCAAUACAUUGGCCUUUACCCCAAUCAAAAUCCAGAAUUAUAUUACUAUCACGAUAGUCGAUCGCCAACAGGCAAUAUAUAUCAGCCUCUAUCAAAUCAUAUCAUGAUGGUCCCAUUUGUAUAUCCACCACAUCCCUAUUAUGCUACACCUCCACCUCAAAAUCAAUAUCAUUCGAGUAAAUAUAAUACACAACAACAACAUUAUCAGUUGAGCUAUUCUCCAAACAUAUACGCUAACAGGUUUUAUGGCCAACCAACACCAAGAUAUUAUUAUACUGGCUAUGGAUACGCAGAUGAAUUAACUGCCAAUGAUCCAAGCCAACAACUUCAAACUACACCAAUUCCACAGCAACAACAACAACAACAACCAUCACCACAUCAUCAACAUCAAAAACCCAACAACUCGAUUCACCAAUCGAUCAGUCAAAAAUCACCGUUAUUACCACCAGUUUCGCCUAAAAAGCCACACUCUCCAAAAACACAAAUAGCCAACAAUCACAACCAUAGUAGGCAGGAAAAAGAAGCUAUUUUAUCUUCGCCAUCCUCCAACUCAACAUCUUCUCCAAUUUCUUCACCUUCACCGAUUUCAACACCAAUCAAACAUUCACCACACAAACCACGAGCCAACAAUAAUAAUAAUAUUACCACCACCAACAACAACAACAACAAACACCAAUCAUCACCAACCUCAAACCUCUCCGAUUCAAAUGAUUCCUUUAGAAAGGCAUCAGAUUAA